AGCUCUUAAACCAGAAAUUGCAGAGAGAGAGAGAGAGAGAGAGAGAGAGGUCUUAAAACAGAAAUUGGUGAGAGAGAUGCUUCAACUCAAAACAUACAAACACCAUUUGAAUGCACCAUUUGCAUUUCAACCUCCAAAGCUUCAAAGAGCAAUCCAAACACUCCAAGGAAAGAAGGAAAUGGAGAGAAGAAAACAUGGAAUGAGGCUUGUGGUGAGGGGUUGCCAAGGAGAAGAGAAUAAGAGUGAAAAGAGAACCUUCCUAAGCUUAGAAGAAGCUGGUUUGGUUGAGAUUUCCGGAUUGAGCACUCACGAACGGUUCCUAUGUCGAUUAACGAUAUCAUCUUUGAAUCUACUGAGAGUGAUAUCAGAACAAGAAGGUUCUCCAAUAGAAGAGCUGAAUGCAGGCCGGAUCUGUGAUUGGUUUUUGAAGGACAAGCUCAAGAGAGAGCAGAAUCCAGAGUCUGCAGUCUUGCAAUGGGAUGAUUCAGGAUUCCAGCUCUAGCUUCCUGUCUUUCAAUGUUUCAAUUCUAACAAGUGGGGCCCAUGUUUUAGUGAUCUAGAUCAUUGGUUUAUUGCACCCUACAGCUGAUGGGCCAUGCCCAAAAAACCCUCUCUGAUUGAAAAAUCAUAACCUUUUGAUAUGUCAGCCAACAAAUAAAUGGUUAAGAAGAGAAAUAAACCAAUGGUCUGCACUUGGUGGCUGGAAUAUUUGAAUCUUGGAGAUUUUCUGGAUGUUGUCCAUCUAGAGUGGGAUGAAACAAACCAAUGGUCUGGAUUACCAAACCAUGGACCCCACUUUCAGAUUUUGGAACAUGCAGCAUAUCAUAUGAUUCAUCUAUAUUACAUGGCGUAUAAUGGUCAUUUUAUACUUUCUAUCCCUCAAUGAGAAAAACAUUUCUUCAUUGAUUAAUGAAAAAAUCAAGAAGAAAAUUUAU